AUGGAGAUGAUUUGCGCCGUCUACCACCUCUCGAGCGUCCUGGCCGCAGUCAGCGCAAUUGACAAUGGGCUCCAGAAAGAUGUCACCUGGGAUAGCGGCAGUCUUCUCGUUGAUGGCGAGCGCAUCAUUGUCAUGAGCGGGGAGUUCCAUUAUCAGCGCCUGCCCGUGCCAGAACUGUGGCUUGAUGUUUUCCAAAAGUUCAAAGCCAACGGGAUGAACGCUGUCAGCAUAUAUUUCUUCUGGUCUUAUCACUCCGCAUCGAAGGGAACGUACGAUUUCACCACCCCGGGCAAGGACAUCCAACGUCUGUUCGAUCUGGCGAAAGAAGCUGGGCUUUACGUAAUUGCGCGCCCCGGCCCCUACUGCAAUGCGGAAACCAAUGGAGGAGGAUUGGCCCUAUGGGGCAGUGAUGGAAGUAUGGGCAGUCUCAGGACGUCUGAUGAGACAUACCAUCAGGCCUGGUCGGAAUGGAUUGCCGAAGUGGGAGCUAUCAUAGCGAAAAACCAAAUCACCAAUGGCGGCCCGGUCAUUCUCACUCAGGUUGAGAAUGAGCUACAAGAGACUAAGUAUGAUCCGAACAACACCCUUGUCAAGUACAUGAUACAGAUUGAGGAUGCCUUCAAAGAAGCUGGCUUGAUCGUGCCGACUUCACACAACGAGAAGGGCUUCCGGAGCAAGAGCUGGUCGUCGGAGUACAACAAUGUCGGCGGCGCAGUCGACAUCUAUGGCCUUGACAGUUAUCCCGGUGGCAUGAGCUGCACCAACCCUAACUCAGGAUUUAAUCUACCCUACACCUACUACCAGUGGUUUCACGACGUGUCGCCUUCUCAACCUCAGUAUCUUCCUGAAUUCGAAGGUGGAUACUUUCAGCCUUGGGGAGGAUACUUCUAUGACACGUGCCAGGCAGAGCACAGUCCCGAGUUCGCCGACGUAUUCUACAAGGGCAUCGUUGCACAGAGGGCUACGCUUCUCAAUCUUUAUGUCGCCUUUGGUGGCACUAACUGGGGCCACAGCGGUGCACCAGUGGUUUAUACCUCUUACGACUAUUCUGCGCCAUUGAGGGAGACGCGCGAGAUACAAGACAAGUUCAAGCAAUAUAAACUGUUGACUUUGUUCACCCGCGUGAGCGAAGGUUUGGCGAACACCGUAAUGGAAACCAACGGCAGUGCCGUUGCAACAGGCAAUGCUGAUCUGUGGACCUGGGUGCUAAAGAACAAGGAAACCAGUUCAAGGUUCUACCUGGCCCAGCACAAUGUCACGAACUCGCGCUCGAUAACUGAUUUCUCUAUCACGGUCAGUACUUCAGGAGGCAACGUCACCAUCCCUGACUUGCAGCUUGCUGGUAGGCAAAGCAGAUGGAUCGUGACCGACUAUUCGAUCGGAAAGGUGACAUUAUUAUAUUCUUCUGCAGAAGUAUUGACGUAUGGUACCUUUGAUCGGCCGGUUGUCGUAUUUUACCUCCGGGAAGGCCAGACCGGACAAUUUGCCUUCAAAGACGCUGAGAAAGUCACUUUCAAGACCUACGGUGCAGAGUCGGGUAUCAAGGCCACAGAAUCCGGAGAUGGUUUCACGUACACCCAGGCCAAAGGUUCGACCGCUGUUCUCUUUUCGAACGGUGUGUUAGCCUACUUUGUCGACAUCCCCACGGCCUGGACCUUCUUUGCCCCUUCCACCACAUCAAGCCCAACAGUAAAACCCGAUGAGCAAAUCUUUGUUUUCGGUCCUUACCUCGUUCGAUCGGCGAGGCUCCAUGGCGAUACUGUCAAUAUCGUUGGCGACAAUGCAAACUCUACAACAAUCGAAGUUUACGCAGGAAAAAAGGCUAACACGAUAUCUUGGAAUGGGGAUAAGAUCAAGACUACAAAGACUGCUUACGGAUCGCUCACUGCCAGCAUUACCGGCGCCGAAGACCGGCAGAUCUCUCUUCCAGCUCUGACUGACUUCAGAGCCGCUGAUUCGGUUCCUGAGGUGUCGCCGUCUUAUAACGAUAAGAAUUGGAUUGUAGCGAAUAAGACCACGACAUUGAGUCCUGUAAAGCCUCUGACGCUCCCGGUCCUUUUCAGCAGCGAUUAUAAAUUUUAUACCGGUGCAAAGGUAUACCGUGGCUAUUUCUCCGAAAAAAAUGUCACAGGUGCGAAUAUCACUGCUCAGGGGGGUGUGGCUGCCGGAUGGAAUGCUUGGCUUAACGGGCAAUUCGUCGGUUACCACCCCGGUAAUGUCUCACUUCAGUCAACUACGGGUACCUUCUCCUUCAAGGGUGUGAAUCUGACCGAUAACAACGUCUUGACAGUAGUCACGGACUACACCGGUCACGAUCAGACUUCCACCGGACCUGCAGGUGUCGAGAACCCGCGCGGACUUCUUGGUGCCCAGCUCCAGGGAGGAACCUUCAGCCAGUGGAAGAUUCAAGGAAAUGCCGGCGGGGAGAAGAAUAUUGACCCCAUAAGAGGACCUAUGAACGAAGGAGGCCUCUACGGCGAACGUCUCGGAUGGCACCUACCCGGCUUCGAUACGUCGAAGUGGACCAAGGCCAGCCCCGUCACAGAUGGAGUAAAGGGUGUUGGUAUCAAAUGGUUCACUACUACAUUCACGCUGGACAUUGAUAGGGACCUCGACGUACCGCUUGGGAUCGAGGUCGGUGCUCCAUCGGGAACAAUUGCGCGAGUGCUCCUUUUCAUCAACGGUUAUCAAUACGGCAAAUUCGUCCCUCACAUUGGGCCUCAGACAAGAUUUCCUAUUCCCCCAGGCAUCAUCAACACGCGUGGGAAGAACACGCUGAGUGUGGCUCUGUGGGCUCAGACUGAGGCCGGCGCUAAGUUGAGCACCCUUCAGCUGAUACAGUAUGGGAAGUACCAGAGCGGGUUCGGCUUUGACAAGAUUGAUGGCAAGGCUCUGCAGCCGUCUUGGAAGGACAGGAGUCAGUACGCGUAGUC